ACGCCGAGGGACACGCUCGCCGCGCCCGACACCGAGCCGGUCCUGGGGGGGACGUGCCCCGGCUCCGCGCACCGAGACUUUUUCCUUAGCAUUUGACACUGUGUACCAAAGAAAUGGUGAUGGAGAAGCCAAGUCCCCUGCUCGUAGGGCGGGAGUUUGUGAGACAGUACUACACUCUGCUAAAUAAAGCUCCUGACUUCUUGCACAGGUUUUAUGGCAGGAAUUCUUCUUACGUCCAUGGAGGACUGGAUGCCAGUGGGAAACCGCAAGAAGCAGUGUAUGGGCAAGCUGAGAUACACAAGAAAGUGAUGUCAUUGCAAUUCAGCGAAUGCCACACCAAGAUUCGUCAUGUGGAUGCUCAUGCUACUCUGAGCGAUGGGGUCGUUGUGCAAGUAAUGGGAGAGCUGUCAAACAACGGGCAGCCGAUGAGGAAGUUCAUGCAGACUUUUGUGCUUGCUCCAGAAGGUUCUGUUCCAAACAAGUUCUAUGUCCAUAAUGAUAUCUUCAGAUACGAAGAUGAAGUGUUUGGGGAUUCAGAAGGAGAACUUGAUGAAGAGUCUGAGGAAGAGGUGGAAGAGGAGCAGGAGGAAAGACAACCAUCACCUGAGCCUGUGCAAGAGAAUGCCAGCAGUACUUACUAUGAAAACCAUCCUGUAACCAAUGGGAUAGAGGAGGCGCUAGAAGAAUCAUCUCAUGAACCUGAGCCGGAAUUGGAAUCUGAAACGAAAACCGAGGAGCUGAAAGCUGAAGUAGAAGAGAAGACCCUUGAGGAGCUAGAAGAGAAGUCUCCAUCUCCACCUCCCGUAGAACCUGUUUCACUACCACAAGAACCACCAAAGGCUUUCUCUUGGGCUUCAGUGACCAGUAAAAACCUGCCUCCUAGUGGUACUGUUUCUUCCUCUGGAAUUCCACCCCAUGUUAAAGCACCAGUCUCACAGCCAAGAGUUGAAACUAAACCUGAAGCUCAGUCUCAGCCUCCUCGUGUACGUGAACAGCGUCCCAGGGAAAGACCGGGUUUUCCACCCCGAGGACCUCGACCAGGGAGAGGGGACAUGGAACAGAAUGAGUCGGAUAAUCGUCGAAUAAUUCGCUAUCCAGACAGCCACCAGCUCUUUGUUGGGAACUUGCCGCACGAUAUCGAUGAGAGCGAACUGAAAGAGUUCUUCAUGAGCUUCGGAAACGUGGUAGAACUUCGCAUAAAUACUAAAGGAGUGGGAGGAAAACUGCCUAAUUUUGGUUUUGUGGUAUUUGACGAUUCUGAGCCGGUCCAGCGAAUUUUAGUUGCAAAACCUAUUAUGUUCCGGGGUGAGGUGCGCUUGAACGUAGAAGAGAAAAAAACAAGAGCCGCUCGUGAAAGAGAGACCCGAGGUGGAGGCGAUGAUCGUAGGGAUAUUCGUCGCAAUGAUAGAGGCCCUGGGGGUCCCCGUGGAAUAGUGGGUGGUGGCAUGAUGCGAGACCGUGACGGAAGAGCCCCUCCGAGAGGUGGCAUGGCACAGAAACUUGGCUCUGGACGAGGAACCGGGCAAAUGGAAGGCCGUUUCACUGGACAGCGUCGCUGAAAUCUCCACUGUGGGCAGACAGUCUUGGCAGUGGUACAUUAUCCAUCGUGUUUGCAUUCUUGUUAAU